AUGAGUGACAGUCCCGUCCAAGGCCGCGUGUUCGCCCGCCGCGCCGCGUUCAGUGCACUCGCGAACGACCUCGCCGACCAGACGGCCGAGGCGCAGACGAUGUUGAUGGAGAAGGCGACCGAAGUGUUUACGACGCAUCACUCGGCGCUCGUGAAAGUGCCGCAGAGCGUGCGUGGGAAGGAGCUCGUGGACAUGUUGGAGAAGUGGCUCAAGCCCGUGGACGUGGAGACGGAGAAGGAAGAAGCUGUGGAGCCAGAGGCGCCUAAGGCUGAGGGGGAGGUGCUCCAGGGUCAAGCAGAAGCUGCGAAGAGUGAAGAGGAAGCUGGCAAGGCCAAGGAGGAGGAGGCUGUUGCUGCUGUGAAGGUGGAGGAGGCUGUUGCUGCUACGGCGGAAGAGGCUGUUGCUGGUGAGAAGAAGGAGGCUGUUGACGAGGUGGAGGGUGCGAAGAAUGAGACGGCAUUGGAAGCGCCGCUGCAGUCCCGUGUGCGUGCCAAGGAGAUUGCUGAAGCCCUGGUCCUCAUUGGCUUCAUCACGCCGUACAAGGACCGCGUGAAGAACUACUUGGCCGAGACGAUCAAAGAGUACGUGACGGACAACGAGCUGUUCGUGCCGCUGUCGGCGACGAUCACUGAGUCGAAGGACACGACGGUGUGGAGUGUCGUGGAUGGCGCGGUCUUUGCGUCCCAGCUGAAGCGCAAGGCUGGUGUGUUUUCGGCCUUUACGCAGGGCAAAGACGUGUACGUCGUGGCCAACGAAAAGACGAACAAGAUCUACAUUUUCGAGUCGGACGUGGCGCGUGUCGCCAUUGCUGAGUACGCUGCCGCUGACGGUUUCGUCCAGUUUGACAACACGCACUUCCAGUUCGGUGUGAAACUGGUGUAUGGCGACAAGUUCGAGCUGCUCAAUUUGGUGACAAAGGAAGGCCAGGACGCUUUCUUGAACUCGCUGCUGAACGUGGGUGUGCAGUAUCGCGAGGUGUACAACUUGGCCGUUGAAGAAGCCACGUCGUUCUACGAGCUGAGGGAUUUCGAUAUGGACAAGAAAGAAGUGAGCAUGGAGGAGUACAAGGGCAAGGUGAUCCUGGUCGUGAAUGUGUCGAGCAAGUGCGGUCUGACCCCUACGAACUACCCGGAGCUGCAGCAGUUGUACGAGAAGUAUCAGGAGGAAGGACUCGUGGUGCUGGGGUUCCCGUGCAACCAGUUCAAGAGUCAGGAGCCUGGCACGCACGAGGAGAUCAAGGAAUUUGUGAAGCAGUACAAAGUGACGUUCCCGCUUUUCGAAAAGCACGACGUGAAUGGUUCGAACGCUCGUCCGACAUUUACGUACUUGAAGGCAAAGCUGCCUGGAACGUUUGGCAACUACAUCAAGUGGAACUUCACGAAGUUUCUGGUGGACCGCAAUGGCCAGCCGUACAAGCGCUACGCACCAACGGACCUCCCGUUGUCGUUUGAGGACGACAUUAAGGAGCUGCUGGCGAAGGCGUCUAAGCCGGAGAAGACGGAAGAAGAUGCCAAGGAGGAGGCAACUGAGGCCGCCAAGUCGGACGAAGAGACGACGAUGGAGAAGCAGGAGGAAGACAAGAAGGCGGAAGUUGCUAUCUCAGAGGUGCCUGUCGCAGGGCAGACUGUCAAGUCGGAAACAAAGGAAGAAGUUGCUGCUGCUGCUAUUCCAGAGGUGACGACUACGGAGGUGGCUGUCAAGUCGGAAGUAGUUGCUAUUCCAGCGGUAGAGACAAAAGAGGAGACCGUCCAGUCGGACAAGAAGGACGAGGUUGUUGCUGCUGUUUCUGAGAUGGCGAUCAAGGACGAGGCCGUCAAGUCUGAAGAAGUUGCUGCUGCCCCGGUGGUGACGACGACUGUGAUGGAGACUGUCACGUCGGAAAGCGUUCCGGUGGUCGCCACGACGACUGUGAUGGAGACUGUCACGUCGGAAAGCGUUCCCGCGGUCGCGACGACGACUGUGAUGGAGACUGUCACGUCGGAAAGCGUUCCGGUGGUUGCGACGACGCUUUAA